AAAUAUUCGUCAUAUAACCGAUAUCACACGUAAGAUUUUAAAAUGAAGAUAUUUUUUUAUUAGUGAUUAUUCUUUAAAUUGUUGGAUUUGGAGAUUGGAUGUAACGCGGUACGAAACGCGAGUGAUCUGUUGUCAGUAGGAAUUAACUGUAUGGAUAUUACCGCGAAAAUAAAUAUUUUUUAAAGAAUGGAUUCUCCGCCUGACCUGGAAACAGUUUACCAGGCUGUAUAUUCUUUAUAUAAUAAUUCAAAUCCUUCGGGGCCAGGAAAAACAUCUCAAUGGCUGGACGAAUUACAAAAAUCAGUAUUUGCGUGGAAAAUAGCAGAUGAAAUGCUACAGCAGAAACGAGAUGUUCAGUCUUGUUAUUUUGCUGCUCAAACAAUGCGUACUAAAAUACAACUAUGUUUUCAAGAAUUACCUGUAGAAGCUCAUACUUCUUUAAGGGAUUCUUUAAUGAAUCACAUAUCACAAAUUAAUGAACAUACCAAUUCUGCUAUUGUUACACAGUUGUGUCUAGCGCUAGCAGACCUUGCGUUACAAAUGUCUUCUUGGCAGAAACCAGUUGUUGAUUUAAUUCAUAGAUUUGGAGGAUCAACUGCUAGUUUAUGGCCAUUACUUGAAGUAAUGACAGUAUUACCAGAAGAAGUAAAUUCAAGAUCUCUUAGAUUAGGAGCCAAUCGCAGACAAUAUAUAUUACUUGAACUUAAUGCAAGUGCAGAUACAGUGACAGAAUUUUUAAAAAUGUGUCUAAAAAAUGGUGGAGAGAAUGUACAAAUUCGUGUUACAAUUCUUAGAUGUUUUACAAGUUGGAUCGCAGUACAUGCUAUACCUCUUGUACCUACAAGUGAUGUUAUUAUAUAUACCCUUCAGAUACUUGGAAAUCAUAUGAUUGGAUCACAAUUACAUGAAGCAGCUGCAGACUGUAUAUGUAUGAUUUUGCAAGUUUUGGAAGAAGAUAGUAAUAGCAAUCGGGAUAAUAAUAGUGAAUCUAAUAUACAGCUGCAACAGUUAGAGUUAUUUCUGUUUACUAGUGUAAUGUCCCUAGAACAGCCGUACCAUUUAUCUGUUGCACAUGAAGAUAUGGACAAAUCGAUAAAUUAUUGUCGGAUUUUUACGGAGUUAGCGGAAACUUUCUUGGAAACCAUGGUAAAUGGUUGUUUAGGAGGAAAACAACAUUAUGCUAUCAAAAUUCUUGACCUUGUCCUAGUAUGUGUUGGGCAUCAUGAUUAUGAAGUAGCACAAAUAACUUUCAAUUUGUGGUAUCGUUUAUCCGAUAUUUUAAUCCUCUACCAAAAAAACAGCGAAGAUCUAUAUGCAGUGUUCCGGCCUCAUAUUGAAAGAUUAAUUGGAGCAUUGUGCAGGCAUUGUCAAAUGGAACCAGAUCAUUUGGGUUUGGUGGAAGAAGGAGCUGGUGGAGAAGAAUUUGCAGACUUCAGGAAUCGUGUUUCAGAUUUAAUAAAGGAUGUUGUAUUUGUAGUUGGAAGUAGUCAUUGUUUUCGACAAAUGUUUUCAUCCCUGACGGGUGGACCAGGACCACAGGGUCAAUCUAAUCAUGUACCUACAUGGGAUUCAACUGAAGCUGCUCUAUUUGUAAUGCAAGCAGUUGCAAAAAAUAUUUUGCCAAAAGAAAAUGAUGUAGUGCCGAAAGUAGUAGAGGCUAUUUUAAACUUACCAGAAAACACUCAUAUAGCUGUACGUCAUACAAGUAUACUUUUGUUGGGAGAACUUUGUGAAUGGAUAGAAAAUCAUCCACAGUCCUUAGAACCUGUUUUAAAUUUUCUUUUGACUUGUCUAAGUCAAAAGGGUUUAGGAAGUGCAGCUUGUGGCGCAUUAUUAAGUAUAUGUACCGCUUGUCCAUCACAUAUGGCUUCCCACUUUCCAGGUUUAUUGCAAAUCGCACGUUCUCUUGACAGUUUUGCUAUUAGUAAUGAUGCCGCUAUUGGUUUACUUAAGGGAGUAGCAAUAAUUAUGUCAACUUUACCACGUGAAGAACUUACACAAGCUAUGAAAGAAUUAUGUUGGUUUCAAGCAAGACCGUUAUGUGAAAUUAUGGAACGUAGAAUUCCAAUUGAAGUAGGAACAAAGACUGAUCCUGUAGUAUGGUUAGACAGAUUAGCUGCUAUAUUUAGGCAUACUGACUUGGACCCUCCAAUUGAGGAUCGAUUUGAACCUCAUCCUUGUCAAAGCGCUGUUACCGAAAUGUGGCCAAUAUUAUCAAACGUAUGCACAACAUAUCAAUAUGAUGCAAAAGUGAUGGAAAGGUGUUGUCGUUGUUUAAGAUUUGCUGUUCGUUGUGUAGGAAAACAUUCCGCCCAUCUCCUUGAGCCACUUGUAAAACAGAUUGUGCAAUUAUACGCAGCUCAUCAACAUAGUUGCUUUCUGUAUCUUGGUUCGAUAUUAGUUGAUGAAUACGCUACAGAUUCGGAAUGUGUCCCUGGUUUGUUAAAAAUGCUGGAAGCUUUUAUCGGACCUACGUUUAAUAUUCUUCAACAGCAAGAUGGACUAAAAAAUCAUCCGGAUACAGUAGAUGAUCUAUUUAGAUUAUGUGCCAGGUUUCUUCAAAGAGCUCCAAUACCUUUCUUGUGCUCGGUCGUUAUAGAGAGCAUAAUUGACUGUGCCUUAAUGGCCUGUAGCUUAGAUCAUAGAGAUGCAAAUGUUUCAGUAAUGAAAUUCUUUUAUGAUCUUUUGCACUGUGGUCGUAACAAUGAGAAUCGGACAGAUUAUACAUUACGUCGGGAAUUAGUACAAAGCAUAUUAAAAGAAAAAGGACAAACUUUAGUCAUAAGGCUACUUCAUGCAUCUGUGUUUUCCUUAUCAUCGUACAUGUUAUCUGACGUAGCAGAUGUUUUAAAUGAACUUUCUGUAACUAAUAGACAACUAUUAUCCAAAUGGUUGGAAGAAGCUAUUAAGACAAUGCCAUCACAAAAUGCAGGUGGUUCUCCCACAGCACAACCUGAACAGCUGUUUGAAUUUCAUAAUACGGUUGUAAGAGCGGAGACAGCAAAAUCUAUAAAUCAUGCCUUACGUAAUUUUGCACGUUUAUAUCGCUGAUACAUUUUAAUUUAAAAAUUAAGGUCAAAAAUGUCAAAAUUAUAAACAGUAAAAAUCUUCCAAAAUCCUUCAUUUAAUUGUUAUAAUUGAAGGUAUUCAAAAAAAAUGAUUAUUAUGAAAUGGUAAGUCUAUGCUGUAUAAAUGUAUUAGCAAAAGUUUUAAAUACUUUUAAAUACUUGUUUACUAUCUACACAUUCCUUCACAAAGUAUGUAAAAUGGAUAAAUAUAAGUCAAUACAAUGUGUCUUAUUACAUAUAUUUCUUAAUUUUACAUACAAAUAUUAUAUUUGAUAACUUUUUUUAACAUGUAUUUAUGCUACUAAAAAUGGACUAAAUGCUAUUAAACAUGGAAUUUUACGUACUGCUCACUUUUUAAUUAUUUACGUUAUAGUUUUAUUGCAUUUAUUUGUUUCUUGUAAUCUAUGAGUAUAUGAUAUGAGCUAUAAAGAAGACUAUCCAAAUUACCUAUUAUAUUAGGUAUAUAUCUAGUCAACUAUUUGAAAUAACAUAACACAUACUUUGUAGAUAAAGUGCAGGUAGUAAACAUUGAAAAAUCAGAGUGAUUAUAUAUUUUUGUGCUUUCCAUUCUAUUUACAUAAAUAUAGCAAUGAUAUUGAUGCUAUUAAAUUACAUAAAAAAGGAUACAAAAUAUAUAAUAUUCGACUUGUUACUUAUUAAAAUUAUUAUAAUAGGUUGUAUAAUAUUAUUCUACAUUUCUGUUUUUAAUGUUGUAACAAUUUUAGUAUAAGCUGACACAUUCACGAAUUUUUUUAUAUGAUUAUAAUAAUAAAGAACAGACUUUGGAAAAGGAAUUUUAGCAAACAUCUAAAUAAAAUGUAAAACUAUUAAAGAAUAGAUAAAUAAUAUGAUAAUAGUAUAAAUCAUCUAUGCAUUCAUAUUACAAGAAAUGAAAUACGUAUAUGAGUUUUA